UACUGUUAAAAUAUAUGUAUUUUACAUCAUAACCCUGAUAAUUAUAAUGUUUUAUUGAAUGUUUGACACCAUUCUUACUGUCGUUCUAGAUUAUUAAAGUUGAAAAUCACCUGAAUUAAUAACGAUCAGUUUUGGUAGCCCUGUUUCCCUUAGGAGAGCGAUUGUAAUGAACGAAGCCUUCGCUUAUUUCACUGCUCCUCAAUGGCAUAGGUAGUAAUUUGUAAACGCGAUCCUUACGAAACUAUAUUUUGGCGGCUAGAGAAAGUCACCUUGUGACCGACUAAACUGUCAGUAUGGCAGCUGAUGGCAUCAAAAGGACCUCAUCAAGGGGUAUUCGCUCCUGUUCACAGUCAUGCAAAGUCCCAGUACAAAAAGGAAACAUAGAGACAGGGAGAAAAAAAAUGUUGAAGGUUGACAUGGCAACUUCUAAAAAGGGCAGAAAAACAGAAAGUGAAGUGAAGGUGUCUGAUCAGCUGGGAAAAGUGAACUUGUCAAAAUGCUCAGAUAAGGCUCAGAAGAACAUUUCUAAAGUCCAGGGUAAUGCCACAGAUGUGAAACCUGUAAAGCAUACUAACUCUAACAAGAAAGAAGAUAGUACAAAGAAGUUAACAAAAGAUAAGCAUGAGAAAGAGACAGGUAAGAUCAAGAAAGAAAGAAAGGGUUCCAGAGAGAGUUCAGAAAGGAGGAGGAGUGGAGACGUUUCAAAAGCGAAGUUUCCUACAAAAACAAAUGAUGUUGAAAACGACUUCUCCAAAAUUGAGAGCAUGAUUUUUGAAGAUCAUUUAGCAGCUUCUGAGGAGAAGACUAGUGCCCCUGGGAAAAAGAGAGGUAGACCAAAGAAAGGAGAAAGCCCUUCAGGUACCAGUGGCAGCUCGACUAAGAAACCAAAGGUUAUGAAGCAAGCAUCAGAUAGCGGUAAGAGAAAGACUGCUGACCGAGGAAAAAAACCGGCACCUGCCACCCUCAAGGCAAAGAAGGAGAAAGUUGAUGGCUCUGAUUCCGAUGCCAGUGAUUGGGAGGAAGUGGAUGAAGAGGGUGAUAUAAAUGAGCUGGAAGCCCUCUUGAAUGACUCAAUGGAUACGAAAGUCUCUGCCAAGGAAUCUGUGAAGAUUGAAUUAGAUGCACCAGAUCUGAUCUGGGGUAUGAAGAAGAGGAAGAAAAGGAGAACAGAGGCAGAAAUGAUUGAGGAGUAUCUAAGACGUCACGUUAAUCGCUCUAUCAGAGAGUUGUAUGAAAAUAUGCAUAAGGCUCACGUUCUCUGCCUCUUUGCCCAUGGGCAAUUCGUGAACAAAACUCUGAAUUCAGAAAUCUUAUUGGGCUCUGCUCUUUCCAUCAUAACCGAAAAAAAUGCAUAUCCACCUAAAAGACUAGACAUGAGCUACUUGGAAAAGUUUGUCAGUUGGUUUUCGCGUAAGAUAACUUUACCUGCCGAAGAUCUAGAAGAAGAUUAUUGGAACAUUCCACUUGAAGCCAUAUUGGUUAAAAGGUUUGGGAGUAAAACUGCCCUGACAAACAGAGAGUUAGUUUUUAUGUUUAUCAUAAUUGCACGAGCACUGGGGAUGAACGUUCGUCUCAUCUUGUCACUUCAGCCUAUGAGUUGGAAACCCAAUGCAGAUGCUCUGAUAAAACGAAUCAAAGAAGAGAAGAAAUCAACUGGAAUUAGCAUCAGUGAUUCCUCUGGAUCAGCUCACAACUUUACUGAAGCAGUGGUAAAAGAGGAAAAACCAAAGGUGAAGAACAACCGAAAGAUGUUAUCGUCGGACUCCGACGUGAAUGAAAACCCAGGGAAGGGACAGACAAGUAAAAAGGGAAGUUCUGGCUCCAGUAAAACCAGUAAGAGACCUGCAAGUUCUCUGGAUGGAAGUGACAGUGACUUUGAUCCUUCUAGUGACAAAAUCAAGAAAGGUCCUAAGGGGUCUCGUGGCUCCAAGAGAAAAAACUCCAGUGAUGACAGUAGUGAUCGUAGUAAGAAGAGGAAACUCAGUGAAAAGAAGGAGAAGAAUGGGAAUCGUAAGAAAACAGGACCCUUGGUAGAAUGGGCUGAGGUUUACGUGGAGGAAGAAGAAAAAUGGAUGUGCAUUGAUGUGACGAAGGCAAAAAUCCAUUGCAUACUAGAAAUUGAGGCACGAACACCUUCCACCUCAGGAUACAUAACAGCUUACAAUGCCGACCUUACCGUGAAAGAUGUGACGAGGAGAUACAUUUCAACUUGGUUAUCUAAUGAGAAUAAGUUGCGAUGUGACAGCAAGUGGUGGCAGAAGUCUAUUCGGGGAUUCAUGGGGAAGAAGACCAGAUUAGAUAGAGAAGAGGAUGAGGAAAUGGAUCAGAUUCUCAAGCAACAGCCACUUCCAAAAUCUAUUGGAGAAUAUAAAAACCACCCACUGUAUGCCCUACAACGACAUCUUUUGAAAUUUGAAGCAAUUUAUCCGCCUGACGAAACUCCAGUAGGGUACAUCAAAGGCGAACCGGUGUACCCUCGAUCGAGCAUUUACACCCUGCAUUCUCGAGAUAUUUGGAUGAAGGAAGCUAAAACUGUGCGUGUAGGGGAGGAGCCGUACAAGGUCGUAAAGGCUAGACCUAAAUGGGAUAGGGAAACCUGCCAAGUGAUAAAGGACAGACCGCUGGAAGUGUUCGGAGAGUGGCAGGUUGAGGACUACGAACCGCCUGUAGCUGUAGGAGGGAAGGUACCCCGCAAUGAGUACGGGAAUGUCGAGCUGUUCAAACCGUCCAUGUUGCCCAAAGGAUGUGUCCACAUACCUAUUGCUGGUCUGAAUCGUAUCGCCCGAAAGCUGAACAUUGACUGUGCUUCUGCGAUAACCGGAUUCGACUUUCACUCUGGUUGGUCGCACCCUGUGUACGAAGGCUUCGUGGUUUGUGAAGAAUACAAAGAUGUCUUACUGGAUGCAUGGAAUGAGGACCAAGUUGAGCAAGCAAAGCGUGCGGAGGAAAAACGAGAGAAAAGAAUCUACAAUAACUGGAAGAAACUCAUCAAUGGAAUGCUGGUGAGGGAACGUGUCCGGGAGAAGUACGGGACAUACGAGGUGCCUGAAGACGAAGCCGAGGACAAGAGUGAAAGUGAAACUAAAGCCAAGGUUAAAAAAGUCAGAGCAAAUGAAGAAAAUAAAACCAAAGUCACACAGGCAGACAUUGAUGCUGCUAGACCUCCACUUGUGACUCACAGUGUCAAAAACCUUCAAAUUGACCUGACAUCCAAUGUUGUAGAAAUGGCUCAAGCCAGCAGGAGGAGCACAAUGAAAACAAAAAAUGCACGCAGAGCAAAGCCAGUGAAAGAAAAAGCCAAAAGUUCACAGCUCCCUGUGGCUGGUGAAGGCUGUCUUGGUGAUAGUUCAGAUGAAACUGACGAAGAAGAAAAGAAGGAGAAAAUCAGAGCAAUCUUACAGUGGGGAACAAAAUCUGCCAAUGCAGCUUCAAAUCUCAGUGACGAUAGUGAUUGUGAAGAGGACGCCAAACCCUCUUGUUCAAAGUUCGAAUCUGCACUGAACACUUUUGUUAACAGUUCACAUUUCAAUGCCGUAAAGAAACUGGAGAAUCGCCAGAAAAAGAGGGGUAGAAGGGCAAGCUCUGAUCUUGACGAGGAAAGUGAUUCAGGGAGGAGCAGUCGUUCAACUACUCCUGAGGUUGAUGUCAAGGACAUGUCUGACAUAGCGCCAAGGAGAGUACCACGCCGAUCGGUGACACAAAAGACUGUUAUGUAUGAAGAAAGCGACGAAGGUGACAUCAGCCUUGGGGAAAGUGAUUUGGAGGACAAAACUUUUGACCCUGUAAAAGUAAAGUCUGGUGGAUUGAAUUUAAGUGAUAGUGAGUGAGGAUGGGAGUAAGUGAAAACUAAGGAACCCUAAUUUAAAUGUUUUAUAGAAAAUUUUUAUUUAAUAUCAAAGCCAUUCCAUUUCCUUUAUCAGAUGGACGUGUUGAUUUCUACAAGUGUAGAGUAGCCAAAGAGAAACUGUAAAGAAAUACAGUAUAACAUUUCUAAUGACAUUUGUCUACCUGUGGUCGAAUUGGUUAUAAUUGUAUUUAGAAAUUUAAAAUUUCUAGGAAAAGCCUGUGUGGCUUAAUGUAAAAAGAUGUUUUAAGUUCUUUCACAAGUAAAUAAAUGUUUUUCUAAGGAACUUUCUCUUC